AUGGGGACGUAUGGAUAUAGGGACCCUAUGGGCAUGGGAGCCUAUGGAUACGGGGACCUAUGGACACAAGGACCCUAUGGAUACGGGGACCCUAUUGAGAUCCCCUUGGUGGCCCUGCGCGUCGUCGCCCGCGGCCACACGUCCCUCCAGGUGGCCUGGCCGCAGCCGCGCGAGCCCGUGGACGGCUACCAGGUGGCCAUUGUCCCCAUGGACGAGGCGGAGGCCGUGACGAUGCACGAGCUGCCCAGCACGGCCGACACCUUCGAGGCCACGGGGCUGGUGCCCGGUGCCACCUACGAGGUGUCGGUGCAGGCGCGACGGGAACAGCACCCUGGGGCGCCCAGCACCCUGCGCCUGCGCACCCGUACGUGGCACCGCAGGGACGCGGCGGGAGCGGGGACACUGCUUCGAGUGUCCCCAGUGGCUCCGUCCGUCCCCACGGUGCUGCAGGACCUGGGCGCCAAGCUGGCGCCCUACAACGGCACCUUGCAGCAGCGCCUGGAGAGCUACCUGCGGGCCACGGCGUUCCCGCUGCGGGGCAACCAGACGGUGCCCAUGGUGGCCCGGGCCAUCGUCACCUACCUGCUGCGCCGCAGCCCCGCCGAGCUGCGCGAGCGCGUCCUGCAUCGCCUCCACCACGGCCCCCCGGGGUCCCCGUCCCAUGUGAAGCCCCGCGUGACGCCGGGGGCCACCGGCGAGCUCCUGGUGUCCUUGGACGGGCUGCGCGGCCACGCGGACACCGUGGUGAUCCGCUACCGGCUGGUGGGGGGGCCUGAGGGCGCCGAGGGGGAGCUGAGGGUGCCGGGGGACGUGGCACUCGCCCGCGUCCCCGAGUUGGUCCCCGGGGCCACCUAUCACGUGGAGGUCCAUGGUGUGGUGCAAGGACAGGCUUCCAAGUCCUACUCCACUCAGGUGACCACAGGGUCGGAUGAUGCCAGGGAGCUUCCUCCAGAUGAGGGUCCCCAGUAUGAGAUGGAGGUGACGGAGGGGGCAGAGCCCCAUGGCAUCGUGGCCGAAGCAGGCCCUGCUCCAUCACAGCAGGAACCUCCAUCCCAGCCCCACCUGGGCGAGCUCACAGCCUCCCACGUCACUCCAACCUCCGUCCAGCUCCAAUGGACGGUGCCCGAGGGCACCUUUGACUCCUUCACGGUGCAGUACAAGGAUGCUCAAGGGCAGCCCCAGGUGGUGCCCGUGGACGGCGAGUCCCGCACGGUGACCGUGCCCGACCUGGUGCCCUCCCGACGCUACAAGUUCAACCUGUACGGGGUGUGGGGACGGAAGCGUCUGGGUCCCAUCCCCACUGAUGCCGUCACAGCACCACCAGUAGAGGAGGAGCCUCCAUCCCGCCCCCGCUUGGGGGACCUCACGGCCUCCCGCGUCACCCCGACCUCCGUGCAGCUCGACUGGACCGUCCUCGAGGGCUCCUUCGACUCCUUCGCGGUGCAGUACAAGGACGCCCAAGGCCAACCUCAAGCCAUGGCCGUCGAUGGCGAGUCCCGCACGGUGACCGUGCCCGACCUGGUGCCCUCCCGACGCUACAAGUUCAACCUGUACGGGGUGUGGGGACGGAAACGUCUCGGACUCAUCUCUACCGAAGCUGUCACAGCCCCGUCACCACCACGGGAGGAACCUCCAUUCCGGCCUCAACUGGGUGACCUCACAGCCUCCCACGUCACCCCCAACUCCAUCCAACUUGACUGGACGGUCCCCGAGGGCACCUUUGACUCCUUCACGGUGCAGUACAAGGACGCCCAAGGGCAGCCCCAGGUGGUGCCCGUGGACGGCGAGUCCCGCACGGUGACCGUGCCCAACCUGGUGCCCUCCCGACGCUACAAGUUCAACCUGUACGGGRUGUGGGGACGGAAGCGCCUGGGUCCCAUCUCCACUGACGCUGUCACAGGUGAGAGUGAGGAGGAGGAGGAACCUCCAUCCCAGCCCCAACUGGGCGACCUCACAGCCUCCCACAUCACCCCCAACUCCAUCCAGCUCCAAUGGACGAUCCCCGAGGGCUCCUUUGACUCCUUCACGGUGCAGUACAAGGACGCCCAAGGGCAGCCCCAGGUGGUGCCCGUGGACGGCGAGUCCCGCACGGUGACGGUGGCCGACCUGGUGCCCUCCCGACGCUACAAGUUCAACCUGUACGGGGUGUGGAAGAGGAAGCGUCUGGGUCCCAUCUCCACUGAUGCCGUCACAGGUGAGGUCCCAGCCUCACAAGAGGAGGAGGAGGAGGAGGAACCUCCAUCCAGGCCCAGUCUCGGUGACCUCACGGCCUCCCACGUCACCCCAACCUCCAUCCAGCUCCAAUGGACAGUCCCCGAGGGCACCUUUGACUCCUUCACGGUGCAGUACAAGGACGCCCAAGGGCAGCCCCAGGUGGUGCCCGUGGACGGCGAGUCCCGCACGAUGGAUGGAAAGAUACAAUAUGGGUGGAUGGGUGCCUGUUCCCAACACACCCUGCACUGUCCCUUCUCCAUUGCAGCCCCAGCUCCACCAGAAGAGGAGGAGGAGGAGGAGGAGGAACCUCCAUCCCAGCCCCACCUGGGCGACCUCACAGCCUCCCACAUCACCCCCAACUCCAUCCAGCUUGACUGGACCGUUCCCAAGGGCGCCUUUGACUCCUUCAUGGUGCAGUACGAGGAUGAGCAAGGGCAGCCCCAGGUGGUGCCCGUGGACGGCGAGUCCCGCACGGUGACCGUGCCCGACCUGGUGCCCUCCCGACGCUACAAGUUCAACGUGUAUGGGAUGUGGCAGCAGAAACAUGUUGGUCUUAUCUUCACUGAGGCCAUCACAGCCCCGGCCUCACCAGAGGAGGAACCUCCAUCCCCGUCCCAGCUGGGCGAGCUCACGGUCGCCGGUGUCACUGGUGACUCCGUCCAGCUGCAAUGGACGGUCCCCGAGGGCACCUUUGACUCCUUCGAGCUGCAGUACAUGGACACCCAGGACCAAGCCCGGGUGGUGCCCGUGGACGGUGGAUCCAACAUGGUGACCGUGUCUGACCUGGCGCCCUCCCAGUACUACCAGUUCCACCUGUACGGGGUGUGGGGGCAGGAACGCCUGGGCCCCGUCUCCACUGAUGUCAUCACAGGUGGGGCCCCAGUCCCACCAGAGGAGGAGGAGGAGGAGGAACCUCAAUCCCGGCCGCAACUGGGUGAUCUCGUGGUGUCCCACGUCACUCCUGAUUCCAUCCAACUUGAUUGGACUGUCCAAGAAGGCUCCUUUGACUCCUUCACGGUGCAGUACAAGGACGCCCAAGGGCAGCCCCAGGUGAUCCCUGUGGAUGGUGAAUCCCACACGGUGACCGUGCCCGACCUGGUGCCCUCCCGACGCUACAAGUUCAACCUGUACGGGGUGUGGGGACGGAAGCGUCUGGGUCCCAUCUCCACUGAUGCUGUUACAGCCCCGACCAUGCAGAAGGAGAAGCCGCCAUCGCAGCCCCACCUGGGUGAACUGACGGCCUCUCCUGUCAGCCCAACCUCUGUGCAGCUUGACUGGACCAUCCCUGAAGGCACCUUUGACUCCUUCAUGGUGCAGUACAAGGACGCCCAAGGGCAGCCCCAAGCGCUUGUUGUUGACCGUGGGUCCCGCACGGUGACCGUGUCCCACCUGGAGCCAUCCCACCACUACAAGUUCAACCUGUACGGGGUGUGGGGACGGAAGCGCCUGGGUCCCAUCUCCACUGACACCACCACAGUCCCACCGGAGGAAGAUGAGGAGGAGGAGCAGGAACCUCCAUCCCGGCCUCAACUCGGCGACCUCACUGCCUCCCACGUCACCCCAACCUCCAUCCAGCUCCAAUGGACGGUCCCCGAGGGCACCUUUGACUCCUUCACGGUGCAGUACAAGGACGCCCAAGGGCAGCCCCAGGUGGUGCCCGUGGACGGCGGCGCCCGCACGGUGACCGUGUCCGACCUGGUGCCCUCCCAACGCUACAAGUUCAGCUUGGUCGGGGUGUGGGGGCGGAAACGCGGGAGCCCCAUCUCCACCGAGGCCGUCACAGCCCCAGCACCACCAGAGGACAAAGAGGAGGAGGAACCUCCAUCCCGGCCCCGUCUGGGCGACCUCACGGCCUCCCACGUCACUCCGACCUCUGUGCAGCUCAACUGGACCAUCCUUGAAGGCACCUUUGACUCCUUCACAGUGCAGUACAGGGACGCGCAGGGCCAGCCCCGGGUGCUGCGGGUGGACGGCAGGUCCCGCACGGUGACCGUGGCCAACCUGGUGCCCUCCCGGCGCUACAAGUUCAACCUCUACGGGAUCUGGCAGCAGAAACGUUUGGGUUUUAUCUCCACCGACGCCGUCACAGGUGAGAGCGGCUGAGGGCACCUUCCCUGUCCUGUCUGUGCUCCAGUUUAUGAUUGGGAACCCUGGGAGAUCCAUUCUGGACAAACUGGGGCUUCUGGGAAAGGGGAAGGGGCUUUGGGCACCAGCUGGAGGCUNCCCGAGGGCUCCUUUGACUCCUUCACGGUGCAGUACAAGGACGCCCAAGGGCAGCCCCAGGUGGUGCCCGUGGACGGCGAGUCCCGCACGGUGACUGUGCCCGACCUGGUGCCCUCCCGACGCUACAAGUUCAACCUGUACGGGAUGUGGGGACGGAAACGCCUGGGUCCCAUCUCCACUGAUGCCUUCACGGCCCCUGCCCCAUCCGAGGAGGAACCUCCAUCCCAGCCCCACCUGGGCAACCUCACGGUCUCCCAGGUCACCCCGACCUCCGUCCAGCUCCAGUGGACCGUCCUCGAGGGCCCCUUUGACUCCUUUGUGGUGCAGUACGAGGAUGGGCAAGGGCAGUCCCGGGAGGUGCCCGUGGGCGGUGACGCCCACACGGUGACGCUGCCCGACCUGGCACCGUCCCACGGCUACCAGUUCAACCUGUACGGGGUGUGGGGACGGGAGCGCCUGGGCCCCAUCUCCACCAACGUGGUCACAGGUGAGGGGCCUCCGUGGGCCUUGGAGGUGACGCCCCGGAGCGCCCGGCUGCGCUGGGACCCCCCCGGCGCCCCCCACCGUGGCUACGUCCUCACGUAUGGGACCCCCGGCGGGGACCCCCAGAGGCUGGAGCUGCCCCCCAAGGCUGUGACCCACGAGCUGGGCGGGCUAGAGCCGUCUGGGCACUACCGGGUGCAGCUGCGGGUGCUGGGGGGGGGGCCCCCCCUCGAGGCCGACGUCGACACCCGUGAGCCGGACGCCUGGGUUUUCCAGCGGCGCAUGGACGGCAGCACCGACUUCUGGCGGGGCUGGGACGACUACGCGCGGGGCUUCGGCAACGUCUCCGGCGAGUUCUGGCUCGACGCCCUGGGCUACCACGCGGGCAGCCCCUUCUCGACGCGCGACCGGCGCUGGCGCGGCCGAGCCCGGCCCUGCGCCGUGUCCUACGCGGGCGCCUGGUGGUAUCGGAACUGCCACUACGCCAACGUCAACGGGCGCUAUGGGGAGACCAAAGGGCAUCAGGGCAUCAACUGGUUCCCCUGGAAGGGCUUCGACUUCUCCAUCCCUUUCACGGAGAUGAAGCUGCGGCCGCAGCGCGACUGA